GGAGCACGGGACACGUGUGGAUUGGAGCUGCGUGUUUUCCAUCUCGUCCAGUUUAUUCUAGUUAGUGGGCUACAUUGCUUUUCUUUGUGGACGUCUUCAUAUUUCGUUGCGUGUCUAGCAACUGAAGAAUCUGCUGUUUAAUCGUACAACUACAGUAAGCACAGGCUAGUUUUUUUGGUUGCUCAUUUCAACCAGCAUGAUACUUUUUCUAUCAGCAUUUUACAAGUGAUGACUUUUUAGUACAGAUUUCAGAACUGCCCAUUUUGAGCAGAAAAAUCAAACGAAAAGAAAGCUUUUUUGCAUCUGUGUUGGUUGGUUGUUGAAUCGCCAUGUCCUCCGGAGAUGCAUCGGAGCAGAGUCGGCGGUUCUGUGUGCUGUCCUGGGAACAGGUUCGGCGUUUGGACGCCAUCCUCGGAGAGAGCGUCCCCAUCCACGGCCGUGGAAACUUCCCUACCCUUUCCGUCCAGCCACGACAAAUCGUGCAGGUGGUCAGGGCCCGACUGGAGGAGAGGGGUAUCGCCGUGCGGGACGUGAAGCUGAACGGGUCGGCCGCCAGCUACGUUCUGCACCAGGACACAGGCCUGGGCUACAAGGACUUGGACCUGAUCUUCGGCCUCUCCCUGACGGACGACCGGGCCUUCCAGCUGGUGAAGGGCGUGGUGCUGGACUGCCUGCUGGACUUCCUGCCGGCCGGCGUCAGCAGGGAGAGGCUCACGCCGCUGACGCUGAAGGAGGCCUACGUGCAGAAGCUGGUGAAGGUGUGCAACGACACGGACCGCUGGAGCCUCAUCUCGCUCUCCAACAACACGGGCAAGAACGUGGAGCUCAAGUUCGUGGACUCGCUGCGGCGGCAGUUCGAGUUCAGCGUGGACUCCUUCCAGAUCGCCCUGGACUCGCUCCUGCUCUUCGACAGGUGCUCGGAGACGGCCAUGUCAGAGAGCUUCCACCCCACCGUGCUGGGCGAGAGCGUGUAUGGGGACUUCCAGGAGGCCCUGGAGCACCUGCGGCAGCGGACCAUCGCCACGCGCAGCCCCGAGGAGAUCCGGGGCGGCGGGCUGCUGAAAUACUGCCACCUGCUGGUGCGGGGGUUCCGCGCGGCCUCCGAAAGCGAGAUGAAGUCGCUGCAGCGGUACAUGUGCUCCCGCUUCUUCAUCGACUUCCCCGACAUCGGCGAGCAGCAGCGCAAGCUCGAGGCCUACCUGCAGAACCACUUCAGCGGCAUGGAGCACAAGCGCUACGAUUGCCUGGCCACGCUGCACCGCGUGGUGAGCGAGAGCACCGUCUGCCUGAUGGCCCACGAGCGGCGGCAGACGCUGGCCCUCAUCUCCGCCCUGGCCCUGCGGGCGCUGGCUGAGCAGAACGCCCUGCCCACCGUCACCAACGUCACCUGCUACUACCAGCCCGCCCCUUACGUCAGGGACGUCAACUUCAGCAACUAUUACGUGGCCCGGGUCCAGCCUCAGACGGCCCUGUGCAGCAGCUCCUUUCGGGCCUGGCAGCCGUGUAACUGAGGUUCGGAGAGGACCGCGGGCUCAGCAGAACGGCACCAACGGCCGCUUUUCGAUUUUUUUUUUUUCCAGACCUGCAAUGAAAAAUCUUGAGGAAAAGCUGAAACUUUUUUCUCCCCCCUUUGGCAGGACUUGGUUGUACUGCUGUAAAUGUGAUUUGAGCCUAUUGUUCUUAUUCUGUUGAACGAUUCGCUUACUUUUUUCUGUCACCUUUGCAGAACUGAUGCUAAAGACUGGCGGUCCUUUUGUAAUGUAGUAAAAAAAAAAAGGUUGUGGUGGAACUGGACGUCUUACUGUUGCUUUUCCUUUCAAAAGUUGAUGAAUAUUAAUGAUUUCAAUGCUGCAUUUCUUUUAAAAAAGGAAAAUAUGGAACUGUAUUUCUUGUGAAGAACCAAAAGGACCAAAGAUCAUUUUUGUUCUUUAGAAGGGAAUAUUAUUAUUGUGAUUCCAAGUGCCUGAAACAGAUCGAACUAUGAGAAAAUUCUCUAAAGU